UUUUUUUUAAUUUAUAAUAGCUGACUUUGGUUUGGCUACACGCACCAACAAGCGGAACCGAGACCGUUUGGGCACUAGCAAAUGGAUGGCGCCCGAGGUGAUUCGCGAGCAGUACUACUCUGAAAAGAUCGACAUGUGGUCGCUGGGUAUCACUGUCAUUGAAAUGAUGGACCGUGUGCCACCGCACUAUCUGCUCAAGGACGAAAUCGAGCUGUUUGCCGCCAUUCUGAGCGAACCCAGCCCGUCAUUCACUUACAGCUACCCAACAAUGUACAUGCGUGGUUUGGUCGCCUGGCUCUUGGACGAAGCCCCAGAAACCCGUCCUAGUGCAAAGGAGGUCCUGUCGGAGAUCGAUGCACAUGUGCAGAGCCGUCUGUUGAAAUGCGCAAGCCAAGCUGAAACGGCUCGUUUUGUCAAUCAUGUCUUGCCUCCAGCAUAACCUCUCUCUUACUCUCCCAACACUCCUCGCUAUUCGAACAACAACAACAACAGCAACCCCACCCAACCAAGCCAAAAAGAUAUAUAAAAAAACCAUCACAGUAAAACAAAACAAACUAUCAAGCCCCAGCAACAACAACAACAACAACACCCAAAAACAAAUUAUACGCCAUUUCCAACCAUCCGCCGGCUUACACGCCACUUUAUUCACACACACACACACACACACACAAAAGCGUUCCUAUCACCAGCAUGCAUUUUCUAUUUUCUAUUUUAUUUUUGCAACCCGUUCCAUAACCAGCACACGUACAUCUACCCAACCUCCCCCUUUUCUUUUAAAAUUAUCAUUUAUCCCCCCCCUCCGCACACCUAAACCCUUUUUCUAUAUACCCUUUUCUUUUACCUCAUUUACGCCCGUCACAACCCGUAAAAACCACAUCUACAGAUGUCCGACUGUCCAUCGACUGGACCGGAAACCCCCCCUCACCCCCACCCCAACACAUAAUGCAUCCACUCUUCAAGAAACUCAUCUAAUCUCUUCUCUAUGAAAACUUUGUAUGUUCUUCUAUAUAUAUUUAUAUAUACUCUACAUAACUUAUCUCCCUCUUCUUCUUGUAUACAUGCUUGCAUACAUACACAUACACAGGACACAUCCCCGUAGAUGUGCACCCUCAUGUGUAUGUGUGGCAGGA